UACACGCACAUUCGUUGUGUUGAGUUUCCGCACAGUCUGUCUUCUCGCCGUCGCUGUGGCCGUCGUGUAGUUGCCGUCGUCGUUCGUUGUCGAUUGAUUUUUGGGCAAUAGAAAAUUGUAAGUGAAAAGUUUCCAACGCAAAUUCUUUGCACCAUCGAAUCGCACAAAAUUUCGGUUAGUUUUUUUUUUUGCAAAAUUCCCUUGCAGUUGAAGUGAGAUUCCGCAGCUCCGUUCAAGAAACGAAAAAACACGUAAAGAAAAAAAUAUAUCAUCAAGAUGUCCGAGUAUUGGCUUAUUUCAGCCCCUGGCGAUAAAACAUGCCAGCAAACGUUCGAUACCAUGAACAAUCUCACCAGCAAACAAAAUAAUCUUUGCAACAAUUACAAGUUUCAUAUACCCGACUUGAAGGUCGGUACACUCGAUCAAUUGGUCGGUCUAUCCGAUGAUUUGGGUAAAUUGGAUACCUAUGUGGAGCAAAUUACACGCAAAGUCGCCGCAUAUUUGGGUGAGGUGCUCGAGGAUCAACGCGAUAAAUUGCACGAAAAUCUACUCGCCAACAAUACCGAUCUUUCCGUGUAUAUUACCCGCUUUCAAUGGGACAUGGCCAAGUAUCCGAUUAAGCAAUCGUUGCGCAAUAUUGCCGAUAUUAUUUCAAAACAAAUUGGCCAAAUUGACGCCGAUCUGAAGACCAAGUCGACGGCCUAUAACAGUCUUAAGGGUAAUUUGCAGAAUUUGGAGAAGAAGCAAACCGGCAGUUUGCUGACCCGUAAUUUGGCCGAUUUGGUCAAGAAAGAACAUUUCAUUCUGGACUCAGAAUAUUUGACCACAUUGUUGGUGAUUGUGCCAAAAAUUCUUGCUAACGAUUGGUUGGCCAACUAUGAAAAGAUCACUGACAUGAUCGUGCCACGUUCCUCGCAAAUGAUUACACAAGACAAUGAUUAUUGUUUGUUCAAUGUGACACUCUUCAAGAAGGUUGUUGAGGAAUUCAAGUUGCAUGCGCGUGAACGUAAAUUCAUUGUACGUGAUUUCGUUUAUAAUGAGGAGGAAUUAGCCGCUGGCAAGAAUGAGAUGACCAAGCUCAUAACCGAUAAGAAGAAGCAAUUUGGCCCCUUGGUCAGAUGGUUGAAGGUCAACUUCAGCGAGGCUUUCUGUGCUUUGGUGCAUGUGAAAGCGCUGCGCGUUUUUGUUGAAUCCGUUUUGAGAUACGGUUUACCUGUCAAUUUCCAAGCCAUCCUUAUUGAGCCCAACAAGAAGAGCGUUAAACGCUUACGUGAAUGCCUUAAUCAGCUAUAUGGUCACUUGGAUGGUGCUUCAGCUGGCGGUCAGAGCAAUGCCAGCAUUGAUAACGUUGACAUCCCCGGCUUGGGCUUUGGCCAAUCAGAAUACUAUCCUUAUGUGUUUUACAAACUGAACAUCGAUAUGGUGGAAACAGCAAAAAUCUAAAGUUCGUUUUGAGUUAAACGCUCAAUUAAUCAAAUUUAGUUUAAACAAAAAAAAAAAAGAGAAAUACCUUUACAACAACAAAAAAACGUUUACCACAAAACAAUGAUGAUGAGCAGCAGAAGAGAGAAAUAGAUAGAGAAA